AUGGAGUUUGGUGGUGCCGCCGGCGCUGCUGCCGGCGCCGCUGGCGGUGGCAUGGGUGAAGUGUUCAACGGUCACGAGAUGAUGGGUGCGACGACGGCGGCGCCUGCGGCGCACGCCUCGGGCUCCAACUACCCGACGCCGACGGCCGAGCUUGCAAGUGCGGCGUCAUUUGAGCCGCCGGCGCUUGCCGCAAGCGCGCCUGCGCCUGCACCGUACGACGCGACGGCGGUGCCUGCGUCGAUGCCUGCGUCGAUGCCGCCGCCGUCGCAGCCGAUGGGUGCGUACGACGGUGAGGCCGAGGCCGAGGCCGAGGCUGCAGCACAGGCUGCGGUCCAGGCUGCAAUGUCGUCGGCGACAUCGGGCGGGAUGGAUGCCGUGGCGCCGGACGCGCUCGUUGCGGGUGCCCCUGCGGUCGGUGAGAAGCGGUCGGCCGACGACAUGGCCGGCAGCGACGGCGGCGACGACGACGGCGAGGCGUACAAGCGGCAGCGGACGCUGGCGUCGUCGACGGGCUCGACUAUUAACCCGGCGGACAUUAUGAACCAGCAGGCUGCUGCUGCUGCUGCUGCUGCGGCGGCGGCUGCGGCGGUUCCGGGCGGUAAUGCACAGGCGUACACUGCGCCUGUGCAGACGUCUUCGUACGCGUCGUACACGGCAGCGCCGCUGCUCCGCGAUAUGCGGUACCGGCUCUUUCUCACGCAGUCUGAGGCUGCGCGGGUGACCAAGCGGCUCCGCAAGGGCUACGUCCUCGUCCCGCUCACCUCGUCGGGAACCGAGUACCACGAGGAGGCGAUGACCGGGCGCGACAAGGGUCGGCGGCGGCGCAAGCAGACCGACUACAAGGCGAUGAUGUCGACAAAGAUCAUUGACGACGACGAGGACGACGACUCGGCAGCACGCGGCGGCAUGCCGUCGAGCGGAGCGUCGGAGAGCCAGGCCAAGGCGUCGCGGUCGUCGGCAACGCGCAAAAAGUCCAAGAAGAAGGCCAAGCAGGUCGAUUACUCGGACUUUGACAACGUGGUUCGCGACGUCAAGCGUAUCAUCAGGAAGUCCCUGUUGACCAAGAACGAGGCGCUGUGGUUUAAGGACCCGGUCGACCCAGUCCGUCUCGGCAUUCCGCAGUACUUUGAGAUCAUCAAGCAGCCGAUGGACCUGGGCACGGUGUUGGAGAACCUUUCGGCGGGCGUGUACUCGACGGUGGAGGAGAUCGGCGACGACGUGGCGCUCAUUUGGUCCAACGCGGCGCGGUUCAACGGCGAAGAGGCUGUUGUGACCCAGAGCGCGCGAGUGCUGGAGAAGGCGUGGCUGAGGGAGUACGAGCGGAUCUGCCGCAAGGUCAACAAGGCGCGCAAGCAGUCUGAGCGCGCGGCCAAGGCCGCAGCACGUGAGCAGGCGCGGUUGGACAAGCAGGCAGCCAAGGCACAGCGCGAGCUUGAGAAGCAGCGCAAGCGCGAGGAGAAGCGGCAGCGGCAGGAGGCGGCGCGGGCGGUGGCCGAUGGCCGUGUCCCGCCGCCGAUCUUGCCGUCGGUCCCGCCGCCGCCGCCGGCUGCGCCGCAGCUUCCGCCAGCAUACUCGCCGCUGCAAGGCGGCGGGAUUGAUCCGUCGGCGCUUGGCGGCCUUGGCCCGAUCCUUCAGCAGACCGAGGCUAUGAAGCAGCAGAUGCAGGCGCUUGGCAUGUCGACCGGCGGGCUGGCCUCUUCGGUUGUCCGCGAGGCCGCGCCGCCGGGCAUGUCGUCGGCCGAGCUCGAGAAGAUGCUCGAGCGCAAGAUGGAGAAGCGGAUGGCUGAGAAGUUCUCCGAGUUUGAGGCCAUGGUCAACUCGAUCAAGAGCUUGGCGGCCAACAUGAUGACGACGCAGUCGCAGAUGAUGCAGCCGAGCAUGAUGGGUGGAAUGGGCAUGGGCAUGGGCAUGGCCACGCCGCCGCACAUGAUGGCACACUCCGCGGCAGGCAAGGGCUCGAGCUCCAAGGGCAAGUCGUCGUCGUCCAAGCGCCGGCGCAAGAAGAAGUCGAGUCGCUCCAAGCGCCCACCGGCGCCGCAGUACGACUCGGACUCGUCGGACGACUCGGUGUACAUGCACGACCACGUCCGCUACAAGCCGAUGGACUACAACGAGAAGAAGCGGCUGACGACCAACAUCAACCGCCUCCCGUCGUCCAAGCUUGUCCGCGUCAUCGAGAUCAUCAAGGAGUCGAUGCCGCUCGAGAACCAGGACGAGGAGAUCGAGAUCGACAUCGACGCCCUCGACAACAAGACGCUCCGCAAGCUCGAGGCGUACGUCAACGAGUGCCUCGCCAAGCGCAAGAAGAAGAAGAAGAGCAAGAAGGAGCAGCCGCCGCCGCAGCCGUCGGCCGUCACCACGCCGUCGACGCCGUCGACAGUCAACACCCUCGGCGUGGCCCCGCCACCGCCGGCCACGCCCGCAACCCCGGCCACGCCCGCCGCCUUCCCGCCACCGCCGGCCUCGUCGCUCUACACCCCGUCGGCGCUCGGGUCGUCGGACAUGGUCUCUUUCGGCAUGGCGACCACCGCGCCCAUGGCGCAGGCGCCGACGCCGCUGGCGGCUGCCGCGCCGCUCGCUGACCUCGCCCCGACGCCGGCACCCGCCACCGACACCGACACCGCCGCGCCGCCGCCGCUCUCGCUCAACGAGCAGAGCUGGUCCUCGCUCGCCAACGACGAACCAGCGCCGUCGCAGCAGACCGGCGACGCCGCCGCCCCCUCGGCGGCCUGGUCCGAGCUCCAGGCCCAGACCCAGGAGCAGAAGCAGCUCGCCGAGCAGGCCAAGGCCGAGCAGGAGCGGCUCGUCCGCGAACGCGCCGCCGCCGAGCAGGCCGCCGCUGCUGCUGCUGCCGCCGCCGAGCAGGCUCGUAUCGAUGCCCUCCGUGAGGAGGAGCGCAAGCGCCGGGAGGCCGCCGCCCAGCAGGGCGCCGUCGACCUCUCCUUCCAGCGCGACGCCAUGCGCGACUUUGAGGCCGCAGGCGUCGCCGGCGGCUCUAACUUUGGCAACAAGCACGAGCUCCUCGCGCUCCACCAGGAGCAGCAGCAGCAGAACCAUCCGUAA